AUGGGCGCUUCUCUUCCUCCCAGAGAGUCUAACCUCUUCAAGCUUAUUGUUAAAUCCUAUGAAACCAAACAAUACAAAAAGGGUCUCAAAGCAGCAGAUGCUAUUUUGAAAAAAUUCCCAGACCAUGGAGAAACUUUAUCAAUGAAGGGGUUAACAUUGAAUUGUAUGGAUCGUAAGUCUGAAGCAUAUGAAUUGGUUCGCCAAGGAUUGAAGAAUGACCUUAAAAGUCAUGUUUGUUGGCAUGUAUAUGGUCUUCUUUAUCGGUCAGACAGAGAAUAUAGGGAAGCAAUAAAGUGCUAUCGAAAUGCAUUGAAAAUAGAUCCUGACAAUAUUGAAAUACUGCGGGACUUGUCACUCUUACAGGCUCAAAUGCGAGAUUUAACUGGCUUUGUUGAGACACGACAACAACUCCUGACUCUCAAAUCAAAUCAUCGCAUGAACUGGAUUGGCAUGGGUUGGGUGGUGUUGCAUUCUUGUAGGUUCUGGGAUGUGAUGAGACUGGGUAAUGUUGUGGGUGGAGAUUGGGGAACCAAUGUUGUGGGUGGAGAUUGGGGAAUCAAUGUUGCUAUUGAAAUUCUUGAAGCAUAUGAAGGGACAUUGGAAGAUGAUUAUCCUCCAGACAAUGAACGGUGUGAGCAUGGGGAAAUGCUUUUGUAUAAGAUCUCCUUGUUGGAAGAGUGUGGAUAUUUUCAGAAAGCUCUUGAGGAGUUGCAGAAGAAAGAGUUAAAAAUUGUUGAUAAGCUUGCAUAUAAAGAACAGGAGGUCUCACUUCUAGUCAAGCUUGGCUGCUUAGAAGAAGGGGAGAAAUUGUACCGGGCAUUACUUUCCAUGAAUCCUGACAACUAUAGAUAUUAUGAAGGCCUCCAAAAAUGUGUUGGAUUAUUUUCAGAAAAUGGCUAUUUUUCUCCUGAUGAAAUAGAUCAGUUAGAUGCCUUGUACAAAACACUUGGGCAGCAAUAUAAGUGGUCUUCUGCUGUUAAGAGAAUACCACUGGAUUUUUUACAAGGUGAUAAAUUUCGAGACGCAGCAUAUAGUUAUAUUAAGCCUCUCCUAUCUAAGGGUGUACCAUCUCUUUUCUCUGAUCUUUCUUCGUUAUACAAUCAACCUGGGAAGGCCGACAUUUUGGAACAGAUCAUUCUUGAGUUAGAGAGUUCAAUUAAGUCCAGUGGUCAAUACCCUGGAUGUUUUGGUACUUUGGAACUCUUGUCUUCUUGUAUAACAACCAAGCUUCAUCCUCUAUUCAGUAUGGAAAAAGAGCCACCUUCAACCCUGAUGUGGAUUUUGUUCUUCUUGGCCCAGCAUUAUGAUAGACGGGGCCAAUAUGAAGUUUCUCUUUCUAAAAUUGAUGAGGCUAUUCAUCACACACCUACUGUUAUUGAUCUGUAUUCGGUCAAGAGUCGGAUACUGAAGCAUGCUGGUGAUUUGGUUGCUGCUGCUGCAUUUGCAGAUGAAGCUAGGUGUAUGGAUCUUGCUGAUCGUUAUGUAAAUAGUGAAUGUGUUAAGCGCAUGCUGCAGGCUGAUCAGGUGGCUUUGGCAGAAAAAACUGCUGUAUUGUUCACAAAAGAUGGUGAUCAACACAACAACCUACAUGAUAUGCAGUGCAUGUGGUCUGUGUCUAAUGAUGUGUACGAGCUUGCCUCUGCUGAAAGCUAUUUCCGCCAAGGUGAUCUUGGACUGGCUCUAAAGAAAUUUCUAGCAGUGGAGAAGCAUUAUGCAGAUAUUACAGAAGAUCAAUUUGAUUUUCAUUCAUACUGCUUAAGGAAAAUGACAUUGCGGACAUAUGUGGAAAUGCUUAAAUUUCAAGACCAAUUGCAUUCACAUGCAUACUUCCAUAAAGCAGCUGCUGGAGCUAUCAGAUGUUACAUCAAAUUGCAUGAUUCUCCUCCAAAGUCAACAGCUGAGGAAGAUAAUAACAUGUCGAAGUUGCUUCCUUCUCAGAAAAAGAAAAUGAGGCAAAAACAGAGAAAGGCAGAAGCAAGAGCUAAGAAAGUAAUCACUGGUACUGCUUUUGUCGGGAAAUUCUUACGGGAAAGUAUUCAUGAGGCAGAAGAAAAAAAUGAAGAAUCAAGUGCCAGUGGAGUAUCAAAGUCUGGGAAACGGCAUGCAAAACCUGUUGAUCCAGAUCCACGUGGUGAAAAAUUGUUACAGACGCCUCAUGCUAGAGCACUUUGGAUUGUAAAUACACAUAAUGCCCAUGCCAUGCUCACUCUACCUUGUGUUGAAGAUCCAUUAUUGGAAGCCACAAAAUACUUGAAGCUGCUUCAGAAGAAUUCACCUGACUCAUUGGAGACACACUUUCUCUCUUUUGAAUUAUAUAUGAGAAAACAGAAAAUUUUACUUGCCUUCCAGUCGAGGGGCCUUUGUGGUGUGAUUGCUGUGAAGCAGUUACUGAGGUUGGAUGCUGAACAUCCUGAUUCUCAUCGUUGUCUGAUUAAAUUCUUCAAUGAAGUGGGAUCCAUGAAUGCGCCUGUGACUGAAAGUGAGAAACUUGUUUGGAGUGUCUUGGAAGCUGAGCGCCAAACUAUUAGUCAGCUGCAUGGGAAAUCUCUGUUUGAGACAAAUAAUUCUUUCCUUGAAAAACAUGAAGAUUCUUUGAUGCAUAGAGCUGCUUUUGGAGAAAUGUUGUAUAUUUUGAAUCCCAACAGAAGGCCUGAGGCUGUCAAGUUGAUUGAAGGGUCAACAAAUAACCUUGUGCCAAGAAAUGGUGCGCUUGGACCGAUUGGGGAAUGGAAACUUAAAGAUUGUAUUGCAGUUCAUAAGCUCCUUGGAACUGUUCUUGUUGAUCAGGAUGCUGCAUUAAGAUGGAAAGUGCGUUGUGCCGAGUUUUUCCCAUACUCCACGUACUUUGAGGGCAGUCAUAGCUCUGCCGUUAAUCAGAUAGGCAAGAACACUGAAAAUGGGAGUUCUAAUCAUGAGGAAUCCGCCCCAUCAAAUGGGCAACUAGAGGCAUUUAAAGAUCUCACUAUCGGAGGAAGUUGA